AUGGCUGGGACUGCAAAACCCAAAAAGACAACAAACCUCAAACAAGGUGCAGUUAUAAAACUAAAAAAUGAUGAUUGUGAGAGUCUUGCAAGAAGAACAUGGGAUCUGCAUCGAUUGCUCGAACCAUGGCCGAUAUUGCGUGGUUGUGUUGCAGAGGGAAGUUUGAGGGAGAAGGAGAAGAUGAUGUCCAUUAGAGAUUCACUCAAAGAUGUUCACAACAUUCUUAUCUUCUUGCAGGGGCUGAAAUCAAGCCAAAACAAGCAAAGGGAUGAUGCAUUAUCCCAUUUGGAAGAAAGCAUAAAGAUUGUGAUACAAAGAAUAAAUGAAUACCCAAAAAAGGGAAGGAAAAUGUGGAGUAAAAUUGAUGAGAAAGCCAAACACAAGAAUGUGUUGGGUAUUGAGAGCCAGAGGUCCAAUUUUGUUGUUGGUGUCGCCAGAUUUGGGGUAGAAAGCUCGAGCAGGGGCCGGAGGAAGAAUUGUGAUAGGAUGCCGAGAAAGUGGGUGGUGGAUACCUUGAUGCGCGUGUGGAGACCAGCGGCUCUCAGGGAGGCGAGCACGCGACUCAUGGCCCGAACCACCACUGAGGAGACGUUGCCGGGCCACUCGGUGGCCUCGGGCCGACCGUGGGUGAUGCGGAAUGGAGUUUUUGAGCCAGGUGUCGACGUUCAAUUGGAACUGGGAGAAAACGAGGAGGUCGGGGUUGGGAAUGCCGAUGGUGAGCUCGAUGCCUGUGUUGGCUCGAUGCCUGUGUUGGAAAAGGCCUUGAGGACUUGGAUGUUGGAGUCGCACAAGAAUAGCAAUAGGUUGGAAAAAGAUGUGGCUGCACCAUUCUUGCUUUCAAAUAUCCAUCUCGAU